AGCGCGCUGGGCCGGGCGGUGCCAGGCAUGCAGGGCAAGGCCAAGCUGCUGCUGGUCCACAACGGCCGCAUGGGCCCAGCUGUGUCAGAUGGAGAGUUAAACGCUUCCAGGGCCCGUGGCAGCAACCACAGUGUGAACAGCCUGCCGGGGCCACCGGCCACCUGUGGCUCCACACAGGGGUCUGUGGUCAGCUGGGCCGAAUCCUUCGAGACGCUGCUGCAGGACCAUGUGGCUGUCACCUACUUCACUGAGUUCCUCAAGAAGGAGUUCAGUGCUGAAAAUGUCUACUUCUGGCAGGCAUGUGAGCGCUUCCAGCAGAUCCCAGCCAGUGACACGCAGCAGCUGGCCCAGGAGGCGCGGCGGAUCUAUGAUGAGUUCCUCUCCAGCCACUCAGUCAGUCCGGUGAACAUCGACAAGCAGGCCUGGAUUGGGGAGGACAUGCUGGCCACCCCUUCCCCAGACAUGUUUCGCGUCCAGCAGCUCCAGAUCUUUAACCUGAUGAAGUUUGACAGCUACACACGGUUCGUGAAAUCCCCACUCUACCAGGCCUGCCUGCGGGCAGAGAGCCAGGGGCAGCCCCUGCCUGACCUGAGGCCCCACUCCCGCAGCAGCAGCCCCCCACCUGACCUCAGCAAGAAGUCGAAGCUGAAGCUGGGCAAGUCCUUGCCACUGGGCGUGGAGAUGGCAGGCAGUGGUGCCAACCGCAGCCCCCGCCGCUCCUUCAGGAAGGGAGAGCGGAGGGAACCUUCCUGGGCAGAAGGGGGAGAAGGCGGUGGGAGCACUGUGCUGUGGCGGGAGUCCCAGGGCUCACUCAACUCCUCGGCCAGCCUGGACCUGGGCUUCCUGUCCUCAGCCAGCACAUCUGCCAGCCCCUGGACAGAGGGCCAUCGGAAGAGCCUGGGGGGCAGUGAGGCAGAGCUGCCAGCCAAGCCCAUGAAGUACUGCUGCGUCUACCUGCCUGAUGGCACAGCCUCGCUGGCUGCUGUCCGGCCUGGCCACUCCAUCCGUGACAUGCUGGCAGGGAUAUGUGAGAAGCGUGGCUUCAGCCUCCCUGACAUCAAGGUCUACUUGGUGGGGAAUGAACAGAAAGCGCUGGUGCUGGAUCAGGAGUGCUCUGUGUUGGCAGAUCAGGAGGUGAAGCUGGAGAACAGGAUAAGUUUUGAGCUGGAAAUCUCCUCCCUCAGGAAGACCAUCCGCAUCAUAGCCAAGUCAACCAAGAGCAUCCGGGAAGCGCUGCAGCCCAUGCUUGGGAAGUACGGCGUGACCAUGGAGCUGGCGCUGCUGCGGAGGCAAGGUGAGCCAGCCACCCUGGACCUGGAGAAGCUUGUCAGCACUGUGGCUGCUCAGAAACUCAUCCUGGAAACACCAGCAGGCAUGAGACUGAUGGAGAGUGCCGAGGCUGCAGCUGCCCCCUCCCCGCUCCGCAGCGAGGAGGGAAGCCCGACAGGAGCAGAGUCCGACGCGCUAGAUGAGAUGCCCUCCUCCUCCUCCUCCCGGCCUCGGUCUUCAGCUGCCGCUAACUUGAACCGCCGCACAUAUGACCUGGAAGGACUGGUGGAGCUGCUGAACCGUGCCCAGAGCUGCCGGGCCAAUGACCAGCGUGGGCUGCUCUCCAAGGAGGACCUGGUCCUGCCUGACUUCCUCCAGCUCCCUGGGCAGGACGACAGCACCCGCAAGGGUUCAGAUCAGCCCCACACCCCUCACCCAGCCUCCAAGGGAAAUGACCAUGCUCAGCCUGCAGAGCCUGCGCCAGCUCAGCCUCCAGUCAACCACGAGCUCCGAUGAGUCCUGCUGCACACCCACACCCGGCGCGUGGUAACCCGGGCCAUGCUGGGGUUCAACGCAGGGCCUGACUGGCCCGUCCUGCACUGCCGACACUGCCCAGACUGCAGUUUCAUCCGCGUCCUGUCCCAAACUGUCGUGUCGUGUCGCUGUGAGUGGUUGAGCAGCUGCCAUGCCCCUUGGUGGGGUCACAUUCUGGUGCACGUCAAAGGAGUCCUGUACAUAGUUUGAACCCCUCUUGCAAAGCACUUUGCGAUGUCCCACGCAUGCCUGGUGCUGUCCUGCCCAGUGCUUCUGCCACUGGCAGAGUUGCUGCCCCAGCAAAUCCUGCCUGUGCCACCUGGCACAACCCUACGGACUGUUCAGGUGGGGAAAGCACCCUUCCAGCUGAAGGGAGUGUGGGACAGAGAGGGUGGGUGGGGUGGCAAGGCAGGCUCCAACCCUGAACCCCCUGCUGUGGGCAGGCAGGGUCAGAGGAACACAUGUCCAGAGCUGAGGGCCGGCUUGGGUCCCUAACUCUGUGGGAACAGGGCUUGCCCCCUGUUGGUGUGCAGGUCUGUGCUUCCCAGGAAAGGUGAGCAUGGCCCUGCCAGCCUGUGCCCUGAGCGGGUUGUUGCUGUCCGUGUUGUGUGAACGUGGCUGGGCCUGAUCCUGCCCGAUAGCACUGCAAUUGUGGAGCAGGGCACCUGGGUCUUGCCUGGAGCAGACAGAGGCAGAGCCAGCAGGUUGUGCCAAACAAGCCUUCUCCUCCCCCAAGGGAGACCCUGUGUGGGCUGCUGCUGGAGCAACCCACAGAAGCAGAUCCCUGUAGAUCCUCAGCCAAGCUGGGGCUGUGAGUGCUCAUCCCUCGAGGAUGGGCCUCCUGGUGCCAUAGGAAUGCAGCCCUCCUGGCUGCUGAGCAUCUCAGCCUGGUGUGUGGGUACCCAGCGUGUGCCCUGCCUGGCAUUCCUUGCGGGAGGCUGGCCUGUAAACUUGAGCCUGGAUCUGCUGGAUUUGGCUGUGCCUUGUGGGUCCCCAGCAGCCCCCUGUCCCCAAAGGUCCCAGAACCACUCUGUGAUGGAGCCAGCCUCCUGACAGCAGCCAGGAGAUCCCUCCAUUGUCUGCGUAUGCCAGAGCCCUUCCUGGCUGUGCCCUGGGUCACUGCUUCAUCACCACUGCCCAGCCAGAGGCAGAGAGGUGGCCCAGGGCAGGGGCUUGUGGCCAUCCAGCCCCACACUGCCAUGGCCAGCUGUGGUCCCCGUCAGAGCCCCCCAGUGUUUCUGUGGUGCUGCCCAGUCCUGUCUGUGGUGUGAAACCAGGGGAAAUAAAGAGCAUU